CCAGUCUCUCUGUUUUCCCACUCUUUCAUUCUCUUCUCUCUCUUCUCUCUCCUCUCUCUUUGCAAUGGGUCGCGAGGACUACGAGUCAGGCCCGCUGAUUGGAUCGUCUGCCGGCUCCUCGGCUGCAUCGCAGUCGUGGGCUGGGCGCAUGCUGGCCAAGCGGCGCGUGCGGCUGCUGCUGGUCGCACUCGUGAUUGCGGCGAUUGUCGCCAUUGCUGUCGGAGUUGCCGUCAAGAACAGCGACGACAGCAACCACGGCGGUGCUCCACGCACAGGCACUGCGUUCGGAUUCCAGGACAUGUUCAAUGGGAACUUUAGCGUGGCGCGAGUGACGCCGACCUGGUCGACCGACGCCGACAACGCGGCCAAGUUCACCUACCUCGCCCCGCGCACGGGCGACAUUGCGCAGUACGAUGCGCUGACUGGCGCCACGACCACCCUGCUCGCGGCAGACGCGUUCGCUGCGCAGGGAUUUGCCUUUGGCGACUACCUGCUCUCUGGGAAUGGAUCCGCCGCGCUCCUGAUCUCCAACACAACCAAGGUCUACCGUCACACGUUCAACGCAAGCUACACGCUGGUCGACAUGACCACGCAGACGCUCGUCCGUCCGUUUGUGCUCGAGGACCCGGACAUCCAGCUGGCCGUCUGGGCGCCGACGGGUGCUGGGAUUGCCUACGUCAAGAGCAACAAUCUGUACGUGGUCGAUGCGGCUGCAGGCGCGACGCCAACCCAAAUCACCACGUCAGGCACGACAGAUGGCACGUUUGUGCACGGUAUUCCGGACUGGGUCUACGAGGAAGAGGUGCUCGCAAGCAACUCGGCGCUGUGGUGGUCGCCAGGAGGCUCGUCCAUUGCCUUCAUGUCGUUCAACGACACCCAAGUCCCGUUCUACACCUUCCCCCGCUACCCUCUGACGCCGAGCAACCCAUACACCGAGCUCGAGUCCUUCCGCUACCCGAAGGCUGGAUUCAACAACCCCACGGUGGCCCUUUCCGUUUUUGUCCGCGCGACCCAAGAGCUGCUCGUCCUCGACCUUGCGUCUGGACUCAUCCCGGACCCGGCCACGACCGACUUCCUCCUGACCCAGAUUACCUGGAUUAGCGACACCCUCCUCACAGUCCGCCAAAUGCCGCGCAUCCAGCAAGAGUCGGUUCUGCUUGUUUGCGAUAUUUCAGCCGCGAACGCCAGCGUCGUUCCUUGCGCAACCGCCACCCACCAGCAAAGCACCACUGGCUGGCUCGAGACGUAUGCCGGGUCGCUCCACUUCCUUCCCUUCUCGGGCCAAGGCGCCGUCACCGCCCUCGACAUUGUUGAAAUCAACGGCUUCCCCACAUUGGCCGAGUACAAGCUCACCUUCCCCUUGUCUGACACCCCCGCUGUGCCCACUGCAGUGACGGAUGCCAACUGGGAGAUUGUGUCCAUCGACGCGAUCGAUACCACCUCGAGCAGCACCAGCUAUCGUGUCUUUUUCACGGCUGUCGGUCGGCCUGAAGCUGCCGGCGCUGCCAACCCCAGCCAACAUCACAUUUACGUGUACGAGUCCUCAUCUGGUGAGAUUUCGUGCAUCAGCUGCACCGUUGACAAGACGUGCACCUGGAAUGCCGCGUCCUACGACAUCCUGGCCAGCACGAUUCUGCUGUCCUGCAACGGUCCGAACGCUCCCUACCAGACAGUGCGCUCGACCGCCAAUCUGGAGACUCGCGUGUUUGUCGUCGAGGAAAACAAGCCGCUGAAGGCCGCGCUGGCUGCACUCGGCGACUAUGCGCCACAGCGUCGUUUCUUUACCAUCCCCGUCGGCGCUCCAGACAUGUUUGCCAAUGUGCUGUAUCCGCCCGGUUUCGAGUCGGACGGCUCGGUCAAGUAUCCCGUGCUCUUUGACGUGUACGGCGGUCCAUUCAGCCAAAAAGUCGUGAGCUCGUUCACCAUGGGCUACCAGGCCUUCCUUGCGAGCUCUCUUGGAUAUAUUGUCGUCAGUGUGGAUGGCCGAGGCACUGGCGGCCGCGGCGUUGCGUAUCGCAACGCUGUCUAUCGUCAACUGGGUCAUGUUGAAACCAUUGAUCAAAUCGCCGCAGCUCAAUACUUCCAAACGCUACCUUACGUCGACAAGGACCGCAUCGCAGUGUGGGGCUGGUCGUACGGCGGAUUCAUGACCUCCAGAAUUGCGACUGCCGGCUCGGGCACCUUCAAAGUGGCCAUGGCCGUCGCUCCUGUUAUUGAGUGGGAAGAGUAUGACUCGAUCUACACCGAGCGGUACAUGGACACGCCCCAGGGCAACCCUGCCGGCUACCAAGGAAGCUCUGUGCUCAACUCUGGCCUGGCGAACAUUUCCAAACUCAAAUACCUCGUUGUGCACGGUACCGGCGACGACAACGUCCACUUCCAAAACACGGCCGGCCUGGUGUCUGCGCUGACCGCAGGCUACAUUGACUUCCAGGUUCAGUUCUACACCAACCGCGACCACAGCUUGAACGGUGGAGGCACUUCGCAGCACUUGUAUCGUCUGUUGACCAACUUUUUGCAGCGGGGUCUUGAUCGCAAGGAGCUUGUCGUGUAAAUGGCAGAUUUCUCAGUCAGACUGGCGAGAAUAAAAGAAACAAAAACAAAA